AUGGAAGCUGCAGAGUUCCGCAAGAGAGGGAAGGAGAUGGUGGACUAUAUUGCAGAUUACCUGGAGAAGAUAGAUAAAAGACAGGUCUUCCCAGAUGUGGAACCAGGAUAUCUAAGGCCUCUCAUUCCGGACUGUGCACCCCAGGAUCCUGAGAGCUUUGAGGAUGUCUUUAAAGACAUUGAGAAGAUCAUUAUGCCAGGGGUGACUCAUUGGCACAGUCCGUACUUUUUUGCCUACUUCCCUGCAGCCUCUUCCUUCCCAGCUCUUCUUGCAGAUAUGUUGUGUGGUGGAAUAGGAUGUGUGGGCUUCUCUUGGGCCGCAAGUCCAGCUUGCACAGAGCUGGAGACUGUCAUGCUGGAUUGGCUAGGGAAGAUGAUUAAUUUGCCUGAAGAGUUUUUAGCUGGGAAGGAUGGCCAAGGUGGAGGAGUCAUUCAGGGAAGUGCAAGCGAGGCCACCCUGAUUUCACUGCUUGCUGCAAGAACAAAAACUAUCAGACGGAUGCAGUCAGAAAAGCCUGAGCUAACAGAAGCAGACAUCAUGGGCAGGCUGGUGGCCUAUGCUUCUGACCAGGCUCAUUCAUCAGUGGAAAGGGCUGCAUUAAUUGGUGGUGUGAAGAUUAAAAAUGUUUCUUCAGAUAAUACAUUUAGUGUUCGUGGUUCAGCCUUAAAGAAAGUUUUGGAUGAAGACAAAGCUUCUGGUCUUAUCCCAUUCUUCUUCUGUGCAACACUUGGAACCACACCUUGCUGCUCCUUUGACAAACUGUUAGAACUGGGUCCUAUUUGUAAUAAGGAAAAUAUCUGGAUGCAUAUUGAUGCAGCUUAUGCUGGGAGUGCAUUCAUCUGCCCUGAAUUCAGGCAUCUUUUAAAUGGAGUGGAGUUUGCAGAUUCAUUUAACUUUAAUCCUCACAAAUGGCUGCUAGUGAAUUUUGACUGCUCGGCUAUGUGGGUGAAAAAAAGAUCAGAUUUAACAGGUGCCUUUAAAUUAGAACCUCUUUACCUGCAGCAUCACCAUCAGGAGUCUGGCCUUGUAACAGAUUAUCGGCACUGGCAAAUCCCCCUGGGGAGGAGGUUCCGCUCCCUGAAGCUCUGGUUUGUGCUGAGGAUGUACGGGGUCACAGGACUGCAGGAGCACAUCCGCAAGCAUGUCUGGCUGUCACAUCAAUUUGAACAUUUAGUCCUUCAGGAUGAAAGAUUUGAGAUCUGCGCUGAGGUUGUCUUGGGACUCGUCUGUUUUCGGCUGAAGGGCUCAAAUGAACUAAAUAAGGCACUUCUUAAAAGCAUAAAUGAGGCCAAGAAGAUUCAUCUGGUCCCAUGCCACCUGCGAGAGAAGUUUGUGCUCCGUUUUGCUAUUUGUUCCCGCACAGUGGAAUCCACCCACAUUAAGUUUGCCUGGCAGCACAUCUCACAGCUGGCAACCGAUCUUCUGAAAACAUGGGAGCAAAACCACCACCAGAAGUAA